GAUGCGAUAAACAGUUACGUCAAUAUCCCCUGAAAUAUCCGUUACCAAAAUUUACGACCCGAUUGCCAUUCAAACGCAAUCCAUUGGACUUAACUAUCGAUUCGGAAACAUUGGCCGACUGGUCGUACAGACAGUUCCCUACGAGUCAGAUAUCGGCCAAAAACUAUCACAAUAUAGUAAUGGUUGCCAAUUCAAUUAUGUCCUACUAUUAUCCGACUCUAACAUCGGAGGACAGUUACUAUCAUAUGUUACAGGACACGAUCUUUACGUUUCUAAUGGACGAUCACACCGAAGAAUCGUGGCGUCAACACAACGGCCAGCAAAUGGACAAAUGUCGUCUGGUUUGGACACAGAUGACCAGUAUGUUUGCAGUGGCCGCCAGUGGCCAUCAAUCAAACCCGAAUACGUUGCCUGUUGAUCGUAUGGAGCCGUUUAUCGGGGCUAUUAUACCGACAUUUCAGACAUACUUCAGGCAAAUGAGUGCCGAACAGUGGACACGAUUUGUCAGCGCGAGACUCGAGUUUGCCGCCGGAAAUAUUGAGGAAACGGAAAUACUUCGCCAAAACGGUGGUCGGUUUGCUUCGUUUGACGAAAAAUUACGGAUUCGCCGCAAAACAGUUGGCCUAAAACCGACACUAUUGUCUGUUACCUAUGGCCUCGAUAUAGACCUACCGGAGCGCGACUGGUCUGAUCCGCGUAUGAAACAGUUGGUCUCAUUAGUUGUCGAUUACUGUAUUCAUACAAACGAUAUAUUUUCGUUUGAAAAAGAGUUAGUAAACGGCGUUAAAACCAUAUUGAAGACAACGACAACUACUACUACUACUACCACUAAUGGCAAUGAUGUCAACGACAUCGACAUCGGCACCGGCUAUACUAUACUAUCGUCGACCGAUUCUGCUAACCAUACAGAAUAUGAGGCCAUGAAACAGUUGACCAACACUGUGGCCAUGAUUGCCAUUGAACGCCAGUGUUCAUUACCCGAGGCACAGUUGAUUGUAGCCGAAAAGAUUGGCCAAUUGGACAAACAAAUCGUACAACUGAUCUACGACUGGACUGCACACGACUGCAACAACAACAACGGCAACUGUGGCGGCACUGAUGCCAGUGGUGGUAGUAGUAGUGGCCAACAGUUAUCAUCGCUAAGUCCCGGUGGUCAUGAAUUUCUGCGGGCAUUAAUCUAUAUGCCCGGCGGUAUCUAUCGAGGAAGCGAGUGCUGCGAUCGGUAUAUGAUUAUAUGAAAAAGGGUGGCGGGAUCUAAGUGAGGGGGGUUUGGGGGAACAAACAAAAUUAAUUACAUAAUAAUAAUUGCUAAUUAUAU